UGUCAGUGUCAGUUAGAAAUUCAGAAUUGCCGUGCAAAAUAUUCUUUUUACAAUAAUUAUUAAUUUAAGCCAAUAAUGAGCCACAUUUCCAAUGAUUUAUCAUUAAGUUACACAUAAGCCAUGAUAGAAAUAAUUCUUAUGGUCAAUCAGACGUGCAUACUUCUUAUAAAAUAGUGUUAAACUUUGCCAGUAGUAUAAAUCUUUAAUCAGUACUAGUCAGUGUAUUAGCUUUUAGUACAUACACACAUAGUGAAAAUAAUGGAAUAAGAUUAUAUUAUUAUUAUGUAUGACGCUUACGAGUUUGAAGAAAGGAACAUGAGAGGCACACUAAGGGAUUGGAGGAAGGCGCUUCGUACGCCUGCCACUUACAGAGUCGGAAACGCUGUGAGGAUCCAGCCCCAGUUUGUGUGUUUAAUAUCAUUAUUUGGUGCAUUUUUAUUAGUGUUAUUUUAUUAUAACUGGUGGACUUCUAACCAAAUUGUGGUGAGCCACAAAUGGACAAGUUAUUCGCGACAUUACAAUAGGACAUAUCCAUUUACAAAACCAGUAUACAAUGGUGAUUUAGUGACAUAUAGAAUUGGCAUAGUAGCAGAUUUAGAUACAAAUUCCAAGAGUAGUACUAAACCUCAUACAUAUGUUAGUUAUUUGAAGAAAGGGUCCCUCAUUUAUGAUUCAAAGAAGCAAUAUGUGAGUGUGAAUUGGGACUCUCAACCUGCCAUGCAGAUUUCGUCAACAUAUUCCCAUAAAGGACGAGGCAUGGAACUAUCAGAGCUGAUCAUCUAUGAUGGAAGACUGCUAACUUUUGAUGAUCGAUCUGGUAUGGUUUUUGAAAUCAUCAACAACAAAGUAGUGCCAUGGGUGAUAAUGACUGAUGGCAAUGGCCACGUCGAGAAGGGGUUCAAAUCUGAAUGGGCGACAGUCAAAGAUGACAUUCUAUACGUUGGUUCUAUGGGUAAAGAGUGGACAACGGCAGCUGGCGAUUUUGAGAGCUACGAUCCGAUGUGGGUGAAAGCUAUCAACAUGAAUGGGGAGAUUCAACAUCUCAGCUGGAUCAAUCAGUUUAAGGCGAUCAGGAGUUCCAUAGGCAUCCAGUGGCCAGGCUAUAUGAUACACGAGUCGGGAGUGUGGUCUGCUAUCACUCAGAAAUGGCACUUCUUGCCUCGGAGGUGUAGCCACGAUGCAUACAACGAGACCUUGGAUGAAGUUAGAGGGUGCAACUAUUUGAUAACAGCUGAUAGUGAAUUCAAAAAUAUACAGGCUUUUGAGAUCACAAAGCGCCAACCCAAGCACGGCUUCUCAUCGUUCAAGUUCAUCCCAGGAACGGAUGACCAAGCCAUCGUAGCUUUGAAGACCACAGAAUUUGAAGGCAAGACUGCCACAUAUAUUAGUGCAUUUAAAACAGAUGGAACAGUGCUUCUGCAUGAUACAUUGGUGGAAAAUUUAAAGUAUGAAGGAAUUGAGUUUUUAUAGAGAAAUGGAGUUUGUGAAAAGAUUAAUAAUAGGUUAAUUUACAGCGCGAAAUCAAAUUACAAUCUGGAUAUACCACACUAAUCGGCUAAGUUUCGUUAUUUUUUUCUGAAAGAAAAACUGUAUUUCAGUACCUCUUAGUUAUUAUAUCAUGAAGUCAUAUUGCUGGCUAGCCAUUGGCACCUAAUUUUCAACUAACAAAGUUUUAAUAAAGUAUUGUUUUUUAUCCAGUUUAAAUAACUUCCACUUUGAUAAAUUAGGCAGUAGUUGAAAAAAAAAAAUGUGGAAGUGACUAGCGAAAUUGAUUAUUUCUUUAAAAAAUAAGUUAACUUAGCCGUUCUUUUUAUACUGCUGAGUUUUUUUAAAAAAAGGAAAUUUAUGUUAAAGAAUGACAAAAGCCUGUCCAUAUAAAAUUAGAGUAAGUUAGGAAAAGAAAAAUUAUUAAAGAAAUAAGGUUUUUUUCCUAAAUUUCAAAGGGAACAAAGAGCGCUAAUGAAAUUCUUAUGAACAACCAUACUCUCUGGAGCAAAAGCUGGAAUCAAUAUAUACUGUGAAACUAAAUUCUAUGCAUGUGAACGUCAAACAUACCUUAAGUUGUUACUGUGGUGUUUUUAGCUACUUAUAUUCUAUAUUUUUAUACAUCAAUUUAUACAUUGCCAAUCUAUUUGUUCUUACUUUUAAAUAAUACCCUGGACGCGAAUUUAUAAAAAGAAAAAAUGUGAAUGCUAACUGCAUUCACAUUUCAGUUUAGUUCAGUUUCUUAAGAGUACCCGAAAUCAACAAGCUUGCAUGAAGAGUUAUGAAUGUGGAUGAAGAGAAAGAAGUAUGCAGGGAUCGUGGCAAGCGGAAAGCUGUAGUCUCUGCCUUCCCCUCUGGAAAAGACGCGUGAUUUAUGUAUGUAAGUUUCUAAAAUUCCUCGCACGUUGAUAUAAAAAUAAUUUCCAGGAAUUGACUUAAGAUUAAACUGAUUAGCAAAUACAUGUUCAAAUUUUUCUUGAUAUGUUUUUAAAAGUGCGAUAAAUUAAAAAUUAAGUAACAAAUAAAUUAAAGUAACUUUGUGUUCAUCUUAAAUAUGCUUUUGAUCAACUAUAUUUUCGUAUUAUUGUACCUUUAAUUCUAUAUUUUGUGAUUCAAUGGAAAAAAAGUAAACUAAAAUGGUUUACACACAAUACACUAUUAAUUUUAUGUGUAAAUAUGUGAAUAUAAAUAUUUUUGUUACAAUA